GAGGCGAGGUGGCCCCCGGCUGCUUCCUUAUUGGUGGCUGCUGCGCGGCGCGCGGAUUCGGGAUGUCGGUUCCGCUGCGGCGGCUCCGCGAGACCCCGCGGCACCUGCUGGUGUGCGAGAAAAGCCACAUGCGGCAUGAGCGCUCCCGGCACGCGGCGCACGUGCGGAGCCACGCCUACAACUGCCGCGUGUCAUUUUUGAUCCCUGAAUGUGGAAUUCUUCCAGAAGCACUGAAAAGUGUUAUCACAGACAUUGGAGAGUAUUAUUUGGUGAAGAAUUUAUCCCUUCAUGAAUUGGUUACACAUGAAUUUAUCAAUACAUUCGUGAAGAAAGGUUCAUGCUAUGCGCUUACAUACAACACAAAAAUUGAUCAAGAUAAUGCUGCUGCUCUACUACCAACUGGAAAACUAAUUAUAUCAGUAGACAAGGACACAUAUGAGGAGCUUGGACUACAAGGUCGUCCAUCUCAGUAUUCUGGUAAAAAAGUCAUGAGAUAUAUUGUUACCAUUGACUUGACUGACUCGGCCUUUGAUCCUGAUAGUAAGAAACAUAAAAGAGUGCUUUGGGCCUUGAAAGAGAAGAAACCUUUAGAAUUUGAUUUCCUGCUGUCCUGGUAUAACACAGGUGCAGAAGGAUCAACACUGAUGUCAUACUUUUCCAAAAACCAAAUACAAGCCCAUCAGCCAAAAACAACAUUCAGCACAUUAAGAAAUUUGCAGUGUCCAGUGUUCCAUAGUAAUGAACUGCAAGGAAAGCUGGAAGAGUCAUGCAGUGCACAGGAACUGUUUGAAUGGCUAGGUGCCGUUUGCAACAAAGUUGGUUUAGACAACAAGUCAUUUAGCUUCUUAUCAACCUAUUGCUGUCCUCAGCCCAGAACAGUAGUGGAGCAAGCCUAUUUGUGCACAAUCACUGGCUUUAUAGUCCCAGAGAAGAUAAUUCAGUUAUUGGAACAGCUAUGUUGCUAUUUUGAUGAACCAAAAUUGGCGCAGUGGGUGACCUUAACCGUGCAUGGCUUUGCAGACAGCCCUGUUUCCUGGAGAGAAAGUGAACAUGGUUUCCAAAAGGGAGGAGAGAACUUGUACAAUUUUGUUGUUUUUAGGAACCUGGACUAUUGGCUUCAAAUGGCUGUUGGAGCAAAUGAUGAUUGCCCACCUUAAAAGUUCUGCCUGUAGCAAAGUUUCUUAAAAAGAAUUAUCUGAGAAGUGCUUACAAAAAUAUCAGACAAUUAAUUAGCCAUUGAAAGGAUCUAUGUAUAUAGGAAGUUUUUCAUGUUAGCAUCUUAUUGCUUCCACAUGACAACUGGAGAAGUCUUGUUUACUGGAAUGUGUAUUUUUGUCAUAUCUAUUUUUAAUAAAAAGUGAAACAUC